GUGUGGUCGGGACGCCUUCGGGGAUAGCUCGUUCCAUUAUUGUCUAUGUGUAUAGUGUUUAUAGUUCAAAUAUUUACAUGGUAUUAUUACGUCGAGGUUUUAAAUGUGUGGACUUGGUUCUGAAUUUCUCUUUGCGAGUUUUGUCCAGUGGAAAAAAAGGCAUCUAGAUACAUAAACUUGUUCGUUAUCAUUUUGAAAAUGAUGUUUUUGAACUGUUAAUAACAAUGGAUUAUCAAGACUUACUAACAGCAAAUGUACUUCACUGGAACUAUCGUGGUUUCACCGAAUUCCCAAUUAACAAAAUUGAUGGAGAAGAAUCUGAAGUUACCGAUAUAUACUUAAAAGACAAUCUUAUAACAAGGGUCCCUAAGGAAAUAUAUAAGCUCAAACACUUAGAGAGUCUGUAUUUAAGUGGAAACGAUAUCGUAGAAUUGCCUCGAGAGAUAUCGAUGUUGAAAUGUCUGAAAUGUCUCGAUUUGAGCGGGAAUCGAUUGCGAAGGUUGCCUGAUGAGAUUGGCGAGGUGAGGAGUUUGAGAUUUUUGAUAUUGGAUGAGAAUGAGCUGGUGGAACUGCCAUUACGACUGGCCGAAUUAAGAGGACUGCGGUAUCUCUCGGUUUGUGAUAAUAAACUGCACUGGCUUCCACAAAGGCCAGUCUACAACUACCAUUACUGCGAAUUUAGGUUUUGGAGAAAUAUCAACUUGAAAGUUAUACCUUACGCGCUGUGGUAUCAUAUGUUUAGGGAUCAAAUGACAAGAAGCUUAAAUAUUGGAUGCCUGAAAAUUCCGACAUAUCAAUGUGUAGCACAGAACUACCGCUGUCGCUUAAAACUAAGUCAAGAUUCAAGACAAUGGGAAUUAGAUAUUGAUGUCCCACAUGAACUGAAUAAUAUUCAAAGAAAUAAUUCACACCUAAUACCCAGCCUGUUCGAACUAUCUAAAAGACAACUUUACAAAACUAUUUCUGACACUGCAGAUAAAUUUACGAAAAUUCAUCAAGAUAAUUUAGAUACGAACUUAACUUAUAGAAUAAAUUAUUACAAUGAUAAUUACGUUGAUGAUUUAGAAAUAAACCUAGAAGGAUUUAGUUUAAUUAAUGAAGAUCCAGCAAAAUGCGAUGAGAAUGGAAACAAUUGUAAAAUAAACCAGCCAUUAAAGUACAGGAAUGAUGAUGGUGAGAGGAUGAAAAGGAAUAAAAAUGACUAUUAUGUGCCAACAGAUGUUGUUGAAAAAUAUUACAAUUUUCUCCCCGCGUUCAUAAAAUCCGAUCUAUGUAAUGGACCAAUAUCGAGAUGCGAGAAUGUUGCUUGUAAAAGGCCAAUAUUUGAUUAUGUUUAUUACGAAUUUUGUAUUGGAAAAAUAAUUCUGAUCGACAAUACCGAAGAGAUCUUGCUGAGCGCAGCGUUCUGUUCAAAGCAGUGUGCGAUCAGGUGGAAGACAGGGAAGCUCGUAAUUCCGUGGACGUUCAUAGAAAACUAGUCUAGUCUAGUCUAAUUUUUGUUAAAUUAAUGUUAUUUUAAAAUAAAUUAUUUGAUUUGAACAA